CCUCAAUCAGUAACCCACUGCGGUCGCGGCGCGUCAGCUACAAAAACCCAGCCCACCCCCCAACCCUUCUUCCUCCGCCAUCAACUUCCAUCCACCACCCGCUGACUACCUGACCCGCUGCUCUUCCCAAGCACGCAGAUUUCAUCCCCAGCCGCACGCGUACAGAUAUCCUUUUCUGUUUCUCAGCCAACCCAUAAACCGUCAAGAUGCCCCCCAAGGCCGCCGACAAGAAGCCCGCCUCCAAGGCCCCGGCUUCUACUGCCUCCAAGGCUCCCGAGAAGAAGGAUGCCGGCAAGAAGACUGCCUCAUCGGGCGACAAGAAGAAGCGCUCCAAGACUCGCAAAGAGACCUACAGCUCUUACAUCUACAAGGUCCUCAAGCAGGUCCACCCCGACACUGGUAUUUCCAACCGUGCCAUGUCUAUCCUGAACUCGUUCGUCAACGACAUCUUCGAGCGUGUCGCCACUGAAGCCUCCAAGUUGGCCGCCUACAACAAGAAGUCCACCAUCUCUUCUCGGGAAAUUCAGACCUCGGUCCGCCUCAUCCUCCCCGGUGAACUUGCCAAGCACGCCGUCUCUGAGGGCACCAAGGCCGUCACCAAGUACUCUUCGUCCACGAAAUAAGCACGGGUACUUUUUUCGAUGGUCUAAUGCUUUCUUGUCUUUUUGCGUGGCAUCAGGGUGUCAUGAUCGGAAGUCUCAGGGCGUUCACACCAAAGUCGCCUUGUCUUGGGAUUUCUUAAUGCGUUACGGAUGGUUUUGCUUUAUGGGGGCAAUGUCUUCAAACGGUCAACGGGGUUUUGCGGUUGUACAAUACACAUCGAGAAUAGGGUCUCGAGGCAAUGAAUUCGUGCACAUGAUCAUUUGUUUCUUGCCUUUUUGCAUUUGUACCUGUUUCGCGU